AUGGAUUCUUAUCAAGAAAGUAUUCCUUUUUUACUAAUUACUGUAGGUUUAAUAUCUUUAAUAAGUCUUACUGCAUAUGGAUCAUGUUACGGCAUGACGCUAGCCGCCACUGCUUCUUCACUUUAUUCUCAAAAGAAACAGGUAUUAACUUAUUCUUACAUAGCCACAAUAAUGUCAUCCUCAAUCUUUUUUCAAGCAUUUAUUCUAGUAAUGAUUAUAGUUAGUAGAAUAGAUAAAGAUUACUCUCUUGGUGUAGCUGCUGCUCAUACAGUAUCUUCACUUUUACUAGGAGGAACUGGAUAUGCUGUAGGUAUACUUAUGGGAAAUAUAAGUAAGGAUGGUUUUUGUAAACUUUACAAACAACCAAAAUUUAGUAUUAGUUUUGUAUUACUUUAUGCUACAGCUGAGGUUAUUUUGUUGUUUGCAUUUAUGGGAUCUUUAACGUUGAUUUAUAGCGGGCUUAAAUAA